AUGCCACAAAGAAGUGAAGUCGAGUAGUUGACACUCGGAUGGAUUCACCGUGAACCUCAAGCCCACAAAUAACAGGCCAAAAAGCUUGAAGAACCCCGUUUUUUCUUCCCAUGUAAAUGUAUUAUUCGUGAUAGAUAUGACGGAAAUGUUCUCAACUCUGUUCGGGCAAAAUGAAGCUCAGGGACCGCCGGGCUCGUCGUCUCUGGGUUUCGGACCGGGAAAACCUCCGCCGCCGCUACCGCAAAAUCAAGUUUCCAUGGCGGGGCAGAUGCCACCGCAGCUCGGGGAUGAAGGGCCUGCUCUUCGGAAGCCUGGAGCCAUGAAUGAACCUUUCUACUUACUGCGGGAGCUACCCGUGGGAAACGAGUUAACGGGGAACACAAACCUCAUCACGCACUACAACCUGGAGCACGCCUACAACAAAUUCUGUGGGAAGAAGGUGAAGGAGAAACUCAGCAACUUUCUACCGGAGUUACCAGGUAUGAUCGACUGUCCGGGCACUCAGGAUGGCAGCUCAUUGCGCUCUCUGAUUGAUAAGCCUCCAGUGUGUGGGAACUCCUUCAGCCCACUGACCGGCGCUCUACUCACAGGCUUCAGACUACACACAGGACCGCUUCCAGAACAGUAUAGACUGAUGCACAUACAGCCUCCAAAGAAGAAGAGCAAACACAAGCACAAACACCAUCGACCACAGGACCCACUACCACAAGAAACUCCAUCAGACUCUGAUCCCAAGAAGAAGAAGAAAAAGAGGGACGACGAUCCCGACCGCAAGAAAAAGAAGAAAGACAAGAAAAAGAAAAAGAACCGCCAUAGUCCCGACCACCCCGGCCUCGCUGGAUCACAACCCAACAGCAACAGCCUCAGAUAGACAGGAGCCCACUGUGUGCAUGCCUGUGUUUCGAUGCGUGCGUGAGUGUGCAUUUUGUAAGAGGAUGCGUGUGUGUGUUUUACAGAUAAUUGUAUUAUUGAGAGUAUGUUUAAUGAGAGAGGGGAUGAUGCUAGUGGUUGUAUGAUGUAUGUGAGUGAAAGGAGGAGCGACACAGUGGAUGUAGGUGAUGACAGGAAGACUUGUUACAGAACAGUGUAAAAGGCAGAAAGAUGCUGAUGAGCUGUGUGGUUUUAUGAAUGACUGAGCAGGCACUGUAUGUAUGUCCCUCUUUGAUUUUGUUGUGAUAUCUUUUGACCAUAAUGCCAAAAUCAAAUAAACUUUGGUUAUUAUCUUUG